UUUACUUUGUUUAUAUUUGUAGCUUUAUACCUCUUGAUGUGCAAUUAUUUUAUUAUGGUGUGUGCAAUUUACCUUUGAAGAGCUUCUAAAGUCCUGGUUUAAGACAGCUGCAUUUCACUGAUAAAUGUUAUUUGACAAGGUUUACAAUGACAAUGCAAGUUCCUACUCUGUCUUAUUUGAACUUUUAUCUUAUCUACUGGCCUGGUAUGUAUACUGCAACAUUUUUUCAUCAUUCUUGCAGGGCUACAGGUGUUGAAGCUGGUCUAUAACUAUACUUCUAAUAUAGUAGCAAAAAUGUGAUAUACUGGAAACAGAGCCUAUUAUGCCAUGUGACAUUUGGGUGGGUUUGUAUACCUGGGUAAAAUACAGUUUGGAGUUUUACUUAGGGUUAUGUAGCCAUGCCAUGUCAGUGCAGCAGACCUAUCAAUUUGCCUGUCUAAUCUGGAGAUAAUCCUAAUCCCGUUAGUGUAAACACUACUGGCAUCUGUGCCUGCAAACAGCAAGGCGGUCAUUAUAAUGAACCUAUCAAAAGAUCCUCAAGGUUUCACAUUGAGUGAGUGCUCAGUGGCUCGCGCUAAACUCCCUCAAAUUGCUUGUGACACAAUCACACUGAAUGUGAACAGCUUCUGCAGGUGAGCCACUUACAAUAAGGAUGCGCAACUCAUUACAAAAUCACAUAAUCAUAAAUAAUUACAGUGGUACCUUGAUGAAGUAGUUGAAUUAAUUCCGCGACCCCAAUUUACUCGUAUCGUCCCAACAACAAUACAAACAACAGCAGCAACAGUAGCAUUGUAUGUGUGCCUUUAAGGGGCAUGGGCUAGUGACUGACAUCUUGGCCCAAUUUGGCUCUUUGUACUCGCGGCCGACAACGCACACAUUGCAUCACGUGACCCAUGAAUUGCCCCACGCAGCACCUCUGCGUAGCUUACCGACAAAAAUUGUUGCUGGCUUCAUCAGGCUUCAUCAGUUCAUGCAACAAGGCUUAGGACCGACUACCCUAAGUUGGCGUGGAAAAACAACUAUUUAUGCUUCAAGUUGGAGGCACGCCCCGAACCACGUAUGCUAUCAUUCUUUUGGAAUGCAAAAAAAGGACUCAACUCAACUCAGGCUAGUCUGUCCUAACUACGCCUUGUUGCAUGAACUAAUGAAGCCUGCUUGGAUGAGUGGCAGAACAGUCCAGUUGCGAUCAAUUCAGUGCCCUGAGAAUGAAAUGACCUGGAUGAAUGAGCCUCGAGAGGUGGUAGAAAUGUUUUGGGGAAAUGAGACAAUCGAUCCUAGACGAUGUUAUUUCAUGGGGACAUCUGCUAAAGAUGACGCCACGUCACAAAUGAAAUGUCAGCGUUACUCCAUAAAUACUAGUAUCACCACAAAUAUCCUCUUUAUUUUUUAUACUUGUUAGCACAUCUGCCUCACAGUUCUGAGGACCAGGGUUCAAAUCCCGGCCCCGCCUGUGUGGAGUUUGCAUGUUCUCCCCGUGCCUGCGUGGGUUUUCUCCGGGCACUCCGGUUUCCUCCCACAUCCCAAAAACAUGCUUGGUAGGUUGAUUGAAGUCUCUAAAUUGCCCGUAGGUGUGAAUAUGAGUGCAAAUGGUUGUUUGUUUCUAUGAGCCCUGCGAUUGGCUGGCAACCAGUUCAGGAUGUACCCCGUCUCUCGCACAAAGAUGGCUGGGAUAGGCUCCAGCACGCCCGUGACCCUCGUGAGGAUUAGCGGGAAAGAAAAUGGAUGGAUGGAUGGAUGGAUGGAUUAUAUAACAUUGUUAUAUAGCAUAGAAUUUAAUUUAUACUGCUGCCAAAAUGUACAUAAUGUACUUCUGAACUUCAUCAUAUGAUCAUCUCUGAUGAUUUCCCUUGCAAUGCAUUUGAAUGUGGCUGUGGUUAGGGUAAUUUGAAGCUCAAUAAGUAAUGAAAUUAAAAUAUGAUUGCAUACUUGACGUGUAAAGAGGAUCAUGUUCGUGAUUUGCAGGAGAAGACGACAAACUUCUCAAACGUGACUAUAAAGACUGGCAAGGAGUUUGAAACAUCUGCAGCAAACUUCCUGCUAACUUAGGUACAUCCCAGGCCUGGCGGGGCAUAUUUAUUUUUAUGACAGAAUCAGUUACAGUAACUGCAGGGACAAGCCAUUUAUUUGGCAUGGAGAUAAAAACUAUAUCAUACUGACAGUUAUUGAGAAGAAAGUUGCCUGACGCAAAACUAAAAAGACAUUAGAUUAUGUGGCAGCAACAUACAAUGCUGUUUUAUUUUUUUAAAUGUUAGUUGAUUACACUGAAUAUAGCAGCAUGGUGGCCUAGUGGUUGGCACAUCUGCCUCACAAUUCUGAGGUUCUCAGUUCAAAACUCCACUCUGGCCUUUGUGUGUUUGGGUUGUUUAUUUCUGGGUACCUUCUCCAACAUUCGCAAAACAUACAGAUUAGGCUAUUUGAAAAUUCUAAAAUGUCCAUCGGUGUGAAUGUGAGUGUGAACGUGUGUUUGUCCUUAUGUGCGCUGCAAUUGCGCUGGACUGCGCUACGUUCUCGGCGUACCCCACCUCUUGCCAAAGGUCAGCUGGGAUAGGCUUCAGCUCACCCGUGACCCUAAUGAGGACAUGCUAUAUAGAAGAUGGGUGGAUGAUUUUUUGGAUUAUAUACACUGUAUAUAUAAUGGAAAUAAUAACAUCACAGUGAAGCGGCACACCUCUUGAGCUAGGGGGUGGUGGUGACUUGCUCAAGGGCACGUCACCAGUAGCCAGGGACCAGACUAGUGUUUUUUAUAUGUGGCUUUUUUUGUUUUGUUUUUUUUGUCUGUGACAGGACCGUUCCAUAUCUGUUGUUUCAGUUUCAUAGGAGCUACUGCCACCACAAUAUUAUAAUUCAUCACAAUCUGUUACAAUAUACUGGUCAACCUCCUAUUUCUGAUAUAAAAAUAAGUUUUGGGGAUGGGGUGUCAGAGUGCGAAGAUCAAGCAUUUGUUAGGCAAACUUGUUGACGGGGGCAAUUGAAAGUUGUUUACUGCGAGGGGGUGAGCUCGGAUGUGUUUCGUCUGUGUUGCUCUUCGUGGGGGGUCGGCUCCCAAUGGCUGCCACGUAAUUCGAACCCUGAUAACAUUUGUCUACCAGCCAGUGAAAGCAAUAUUCUAUUAGCACUAGCAUCAAGGAUAGCAUUUAGUUUUUACGUUUUAUCAUAAAGACCGUCUGUCUAAUAUCUGGCGUACUGUACUGUUAUAAUUGACAUGUGUUGUACAUACAGUAUGAGCAGGGAGGGAAAGGUCUGCAAAGCAUUAUACAGUAUAAUCAGGCACUAAAUGCACUAAUAACUAGCAAAACACUCAAAACAAUCAAUAAACCACUUUAAUACCACCUGUCAGACAAAGGGAAGUAGGCUACAAGAUCUCCAAAAUAAAUGUUUCAUGCCACAAUCCAAAGAAGGAACAAAUGAGAAACAAAGUGAGAAACUAAGUGAUUGAAAUGCGGCAGUUUGGAAAAGGGCACAAAGUCAGCGAACUACAGUCAGAGGCAUUAUCCACAAACAGAGAAAACUGGGAACAGUGGUAAACCUUCCCAGCUCGGCCAACCAAAAUUAUUCCAAGAGUGCAACGCCUCUUCCAGGAGGUUACAAAAGAAUCCAGAAUGACAUCCAAAAAACUUCAGGCCUCUCUGGCCCUCACUUAAGGUCAACCAGAAGAAAGACACAGGGCAAAAAUGGCAUCCAUGGGAGAGUUCCAAGACAAGAAUCACUGCUGACAAAAAAAGAACACAAAGGCUCAUCUCAGAUUUGCCACGAAACAAAAUGUUGAUGAUGCCCAAGCUCUAUGGAGAAAUAUUUUAUAGACAAAAUACAUUUUUUGAGGGUCUGCGGCCCACUGAGUCUGAUAUGAAAUAACAGCAUUUGUUAAAAAGAACAUAAUGUCAACAGUCAAACAUUAUGUUGGCAGUGUGAUGGUCUGGGGCUACUUUGCCAAUGCAGGACCUGGACGACUUGCUGUGAUCAACAAUAAAUUCUGCUGUCUAGCAGACAAUCUUGCACUCGAACAUCCUGCCAUCAGUACGUGCCCUCAAGCCCAAGUGCUUUUGGGUUUUGCAGCAGGACAACGACCUCAAUUCACUAGCAAGUACAGAUUUUUGUAGUGGCCACGUCAAUGUCCGGACUUAAAUCCAAUUGAGAUGAUGUCAUAUGACUUUAAACAGCCAAUUCGUGUUCAUAAACUCUCCAAUAUAACUGAGUUAAAACAAUUCUGCAAAUAAGAGUGGGUGAAAAUUCCUCAAUUGAGAUGUGAACGACAUCACGGGUUACAGUAUCACAAAAUAUUAAUUUCUGUUAUUGCUGCCAGGUGUUGCACAACCAGUUAUUAGGUUCAGGAGGCAAACUGUGUGUGAUAGAUACAGAAGAAAAUCAUACUUUUUCACAGCAGUGCAUACACAGCAUAAAUACUUGACAAUUUACAGUAAAAGCAAAUUGCACACAUUUAACACCUUUAGGGGGAACCCUCCAGCACCAAAUGCUAUUCAAUUUUAUAAUUUUUUUAUUUCUCUACAAUAAGGUGGAACAAUGUAUGUUGUGCUAGAGGACGAUAAGUAUUAACAAACAUGGAAAUACAUUGGAACUUGUUGCUGAGGACUGAGAAGCAGUUAAAUUCACAGCCACUCUGCUUUGUCAGGCAGCAGAUGUUCCAUUGUUAUGCUCGGCGGUGUAAAGUUGCCUCCGCCAAAGUUGGGACUUGGGACAUCUUUUGAAUGUAGCCCCAUUGAGUGCUGUCACCACCAACCCCCAGCGCCUUCUGCACCCCCAAGCUACUGAGGCAAGGGGGAUUUGCCCUCCCCCCACUCCACUCUAACCCCCUGCAGACCUCAUCUUUGUCGUCACGCAACCAUUAAAACCAUUAAAGCCUCCACCCCCACAAACACGCUAGGUAUCUACUUUAGUGCUUGUGUUCUUUGUGCCCCCCUUAGCCCCCUAAUCAGAUGAACCCCCCUCUCCACCCCCGCCACCACACACAUCAAAAGCCAAUUUAUUGACCAAUUACUGCAUUGUGAGAGUACAGGGGACAGUGUAUUUGCAUCCAAAUGCAUUUGAAUGCUUCCAAAGCAGAUACACUCUGAAACUCAUGCAGUGUUUUUGAUCAGAUUGGAACCGUUAAUGGAAUAUAUGUUGUGUAUGUACCCUUGGUCUGUAGCCAUCAGGGACUGCCACAGUGGAGCUUCUCUAAUAAAAAUGUGUCCUGCUAUACAACCUGUGUAUUAAGCACUGAAACCUAGACUAUUACAAGGCCCAGGAAACACACAGGCAGCACACAUUUCCUGUUUUUGUGUUGAGCCAAAUGGAGGCAGGAAGUGAGACAAACUGCGGUUCUGUGACUUUGACCCGCAGACACGAGUGAUCUAGAAGUGCUUGGCUGGACAAUCGCAUUUGAGAAAAGCAAUGGAAGCAAAUCAAAUUAAAUCACUUGAGUGCUCGGUGGAUACUUUUAGCGGUCUGUGCGCGACGUGUGACCUUCAUGCGGUUCCUCUCCCUCGGAGGGGAGCAAUCACACAUCUCAAGACCGUGUAUCAGAAUAUGUACAUGUACAUGUGCAAAUACUUUGUUACUGUACUUAAGUAGAGGUAGCUAAACUUGAGUAUUUGUUUUUCUAACAUCUUUUAUGCUCUUACAUUUGAAAACAGAUAUCUGUGCUUUUGACUUUUUCCAACUUCCGCGGAUGACGCCAAUGUCGUACAAAAGAUGUCAAUCGAGAGGUGAAGUCAACCACAAGUGAGAUCUUGAUUGAUUGAGAUCUUACUCUCGCAGCACGGGAAAAAAACAGGGUCAACAGCGACAUGGAGAAAUGUGACCCAGGAAGUAUUACCAACGAAAACAAGAUAUCCCUCAUCGAUUGUCUUAUUUCAGAGAAUUGUUUCAUGUUGUCGGCUACAAAAAUGAUUUGUGGCAAGUGUUUUGUCUUACCAGCUUCUGGUGUUUUAUAUUUAGCCAUUUGAUGUAAAAAACAAACAAACAAAAAAAAAACAUUCAAGUAAAGUGUAUUGUUUCCGUUAUCGUUAGCUAAAUUCGUUUUUUGUUUUUGUUUUGUUUUGCUCAUGCAGGAGCUGUUGUCAGUUCAGUUCAGUUCUGAUGAUCCUGUCAGAAUUGAGCUUGCAGGAAAGCUGUGUCCAGUGGCUAAUAACAAACUGGAGGUAUGUUUAAGGCUCUAAUAGACAUUCACAGUCUUGGGGGUGGGGCUUCGAUGAGGGGUAAGUAUAUCCUCUUUGUUCUGGUCCACUCCACUCACGCCUGCUUUUGUCUCCACCCACUAAGAGCCCAUCUCUCAACCGGAAGACGGGCGUUAUUUUGAUCGGGUGUGUUUCCAGGGCAACCAGUGCAGGUAGUGUAGAGUUGUUGAGCCACUACAGCUCAUCUGUUUUUUAAUUUUUUUAUCUUUUUUUUUUUUUGGUGAGUGUAUUUUGGUCGAGCAUUUCCCGCCACUGAGGCGGCAGCGAGGGAGGGGCGUGGCCUCAGGCGGUAUGAAGAAAGGCAGCCUCCUCACAGCCUCGCGCCAAAAUGCCGGCGUUAUUUAAAUGAGCUCAGUGGGUGCGGCCCAACUGUCUCCGUGUCCUGUAAACCCCAUGUGAGCUUCAGUUUAGCGGUCACAGCACAAAGCCCAUACAGGUCUCAUAAACAAAACAAAACAAACAUUAACUAAUGUUCUCCCGUCUUUCAGAUAAACAGCAGAGUCUCUUGUUUGAUCAAACUUUUAAAAAUAACAACCUUUUUUAGAUGAUUAAUAAUAUAUCUGUACAUGAUGUGCUUGAUACGCAUCCAGCAGAAAAAAAAAAGUGAACCCCCGUUUAUCGCGGAGUAUACACGCUCCAGACCCACUCGUGAAAGCUGAAAAUCUACGAUAGCCUAUGGCGAGACAAUAAUAAUAAUAAUAAUAAUAAUAAUAAUAAUAUAUACAUAGUUUAACCCCUCCUACACAGUUUAAACACAUUUAAACUUAUUAAAGCACACUUAAACCUAUUAAUGCACACUUAAAAAAAAAAAAAAGUAUUCCUUAGCACCUGUUCUCACCUUUCUCCGUCAGGAAAUGGGAGGUUAUCUUAUUAUAUCACUUUGAGGAAAUGAAACGCUAACUCUCACUUAGAUUGUUCCACAAAUAGGAGGCGAAUCGUACUUGCCUCGAGCUGUUUAUGUCACUCCCAGUUGAAUUUUACUGUAAAAUUAACACAUAAAACAAAAUAGAAUGAAACAUUAUAUAUUCAAAUGUCAAAAUGUUCAACCAAACAAUAUAAUUUCGUCUAAAAAAAAAAAAAAAAAAGUCCGCUAGCUUAAUGCUAACAUAUAAUGUAAAAAUCUGGAGACAGGCUAACGGAAAUUAGCAUAGUUAUGCUGCAUCUACAGUACAUGCCGUAGAGCUCAGUUCUGCCUGGCAAGUUGUGGCACAACAACUUGGUACCAAAAUGAAAUGUUGUGCCGUGAACAACUCUAAAUUCAGUUGGUCUCUUAAUCUCUUAAUGUAAGAAGAGCGUGGUUGUGUACCUGCUCAGUGCUUUAUUUUAUGAUCUGGUGCUAUAUAAAUAAAAUUGAUUUGUAUUUCAUUGAAGUAUUGAAAGCAUUUAGACUUCCUUGUAAAGUGUACAAAUGCAUUAGGAAGGCAAUAUGGCGGAGGUUUUGCGAAAGAUGAAUAGCGAUGUACACAAAAUGUAGCUGUCAGCACGAGGAACUGGUGGUUAGCAAGUCUGCCUCACGGUUCUGACCUUCGGGGUGCAACUCACAUAUCAGACCUUCCUGUGUGAAUUUGCCAUGUUCUCCGCCUGCUUACGUGAAUUUACGCCAGCUUCCUACCACAUUCCCAAAACAUGUAUGUGAGAUUUAUUAAGGACUCUAACUUGUCCAUACGUCUGAAUGGUUGUCUGCCUGUAUGUGCCCAGUGAUUGACUCAUGGCGACCAGGAUUCAUGGCCUUUCACUCAAAGAAGCGCCAUGGAAAAUGGACGGGUAUUAGUUAUUCCAAAAAUAAUGAAAACCAAAAAAUUGCUUUUGUUUUUUGAAUUUGGGCAAUUACAAUUUAAGCUGAUUGACCAAAUCCAUUCAACUACAUUGUACAGUACAACAUAUACAUAAACUUCCUCCCUUGUUGGGGCUUUCCUUCCCUUUGUUUUUUUUUUGUUUUUUAUUUCUUUUGUCUGCAGAAAGAAUGACCUGAAGAGCUGAGCGCGGCAGUUGACAUACUCGCCUGUCCUCUACUGCUCUCUAGUGGCUGCAAAACACAUCUCAAAGCACAUCAAAAUACGCACUUUUUAAAAUGUCUGUCUUUUAUUAUUAAAUUUUUUCAAUGCAAUCUUUUUCACUGCAUGCCAAUACUUGUGUCUUUGUUAUACGUGUCUUCCUCGCCAUUGCUUAUUGUCCAUAGUUAAAAAUGAAGAGACACACAUACACUAUUGCUUCCUCAUGCUGUUCAUUAUUAUUAUAUUAAUGAAUUGUAUUUUUUAGAAAAUUGUAUUCAGCAUAUUCAUUCAUGGUAUUCUAAAAUCUAAGGGACUAAGACUGCAAAGCUGAAGCUACAUGUCUUACAUGCAUCACAUUUCCCCAUUUUUCAAAGGCAAUGUUGUACUGUAUGUAUUAUUCCCGUAAAAUAAACAUUAAUGUAUUUGUAAUUUUAUGUCAUUAAUAAUUAAAGUAAAAAGUAAGACACACACUAGGUAGACAAUCGACCCCCCCCCCCCCCCCCCCGCAAUAUUGCUUAGACCAGGAGUGUCAUUUACGUCGUUCACGAAAAUAGGGCCCAUAGUGUCUAUCCCCAGCAGUACAAGUGCAGUAAGCCUGGUUGAAAUGUAGAUUUCAUUUCCAAUGCCCUGGAUAGAAAGGCACGGGGAGAACACGCAAACUCCACACAGGCGAGGCCGGGAUUUGAACCCCAGUCCUCAGAACUGUGAGGCAGAUGGGCGAACCAGUCGCCCACCGUGCUGCCCUGUUGGUUUUCAUCAGUCCAAAUUUCUGUCCUUUUUUGUUACACCCCUUUGAAUGAUAACUGAAAUGUUCCCUAUUUGUCCAUCAACGAGUUGUUGUUAGCCUGUGGACAAAAGUAUAGGGACACACAUCUUUGUUAAUUAAUUCAUUGUAUCUGACCGGGGGAACCGAGGGGCUACUACGGAUUCAGAAUUGUCUGUGUAUAUUUUAUAUGUGAUCACAUGUGGUUCAAAUUGUCUAAGCUUGGAACAGUUCUUCCAAAAAUAAAUGGUAAAACGUUUUCCAAUCUUAGUGAAGUUAGGAAAUCUUUUCCCCCUCAUAGAUUCAACGUCUAAGAUUCAAAGACCGAGGCGACAGUCGUGUAUUUAGGUAUUAAAACGGAUUUUAAACAAGAUUUCAGCCAUCCUAAAGACCUAAGACUAAGUUGCAAGGGUUAGGCGUUGGUGACACACAGAAGUAGUACAAUUUGUUCAACCUUUUUAUUCCGCUGUGUGACGAACAAAGCAGGAAAUUACACAUCCUGAGUAAUUCAUCUACAGUUACAUGAUUUUACUGGCUGCAAUGGUGUCACUUGUGGAGCAUCAUUUAAAGGAUUCUAAAUAAAUGGAGAUGUCUACCAAGAUGUCUACUCAGCAUCUUCUACCCAGAAGCCCUUUCUGUACUGCUCUAAAUUGGUUUGUAGUUAAAUUAAAAGACAUUUAAUCUCUUCAAAGCACGUUGUGCACUUUCAUCUUUGUUUCAUGGCUCGCGUAUGUGUUUAUCUUACUGAUGCACAUGCAGCGGUGUCAAGGUACACUAAUACGAGAGCUGCAGACUACUGUAAUAUGUCGCUUCCUCUCAUUUACGAAACUAGAUAAUGUAUGUAGUUUACAAACGUCUCAGUUCUACCGCAGUGCAUACUUCAACCACAAUGAUAAAAGUCCUUCAGAUCGCAUUGUGCAGGUGUACCUAAUGAAGUGGCCAGUAGGUCUACACUGAAUGCUGUUCCCAAAUCCAAUCACAUCCGAGAUGUAGGUGUCGCUCCCAGCCAGUCUGUGGCUGUUGCCUGGCAACACCAAGUGCCGCUUUGGUGGCAAGAUCCUGCAGGGGCUCACAUAAGAAGAGGUGAGACAAAAUCAAAAAUGAGCCGGGAGGGUGGGUGGAGCUGUGGGGAGAUAUACAACAAUAUCUUCAUGUGAACAUAUCAAUUGAAUAUAAAAUAUAUAUAUAAGAACGUUGAAGGUAUUGUGACCUUGCUCAACUUUGACACAUCAGUCAUCCAAUCAUGCAACAAGCGUCUGUCACCCUCAGUCAGAUGCUCUGCUGCUGCUCCAGGGAAGUCAACACUGAAAGGGUUAAAAUAAGGGGGAGGGCGCCAAAUGACUGGAAGUCACUUGUGCGGAUGAGAGGAAAGAGAAGCAUAGAAGAAGUCCAAGAAAUGGUGAAUGCUCAGGAUGCUGGGGGGGAGAAGGGCUGUCAGGAAUGUGGAUUUUCCUGGAAUGAGUGCACAUCUCUCGCCAUUCUUUCAGCAUGUUAUUCCUUUCCGGAGUGUUCAGCCGUGCUGCUGCUGUCUGACUGAUCUCGUAUGCUGAGUGCAUGGGGGCUCGGCUCAAAUCGUGAAUGUGCAUGAGUGAGACAGCACUUUGGUGGCAACUCCUGGCACACUGGUAGGACGUGAAAGUACCAGAAAACUGUGUUUUUUUCCCCCCAAAAUGAAUUUGAGCAAUGGAGAAACUUCGACCGUCAGUGGACAGAACAAAAAUGGUCCAAGUGGCAGCUGGGAAGAUAGCAAAAGACUUGUGAAGCCCUCCACUCCGACUCGGAAACCUCAACCAGCUCUGGAGGCUGUCAACAAUCGACUGCGGGAGCUUUAUUCGCAGAGCGAGGAGCUGUUUGACGUGGUGCUCGUGACAAACAACCACGCGUACGUGGGCCUCCGACUCAUCAAUACCAUCAAUCAUCAUCACUUACUGAUCGAGCGCUUUUGUAUGACUGGAGGAAACAGUCCCAUAGGUUACUUGAAAGCCUACCACACAAACUUGUACCUUUCUGCUGAUUCUGCCAAGGUGCGAGAAGCUCUGGAAGAAGGGAUUGCAGCGGCCACCAUGUUCACCCCAGAGAAGAUGACGGAAGUGUCGGAGACUCAGCUUCGCGUCGCCUUUGACGGCGACGCUGUCCUCUUCUCAGACGAGUCGGAACGCAUUUUCAAGGCCCACGGACUGGACAAGUUCUUUGAGCACGAAAAGGCUCAUGAGAACAAGCCUCUGGACCAUGGCCCACUGAAAGGCUUCCUGGAGGCUUUGGGAAAACUACAAAGGAAGUUUUUUGACAAAGGCCUGCGCAUGGACUGCCCUAUCCGCACAUACCUGGUGACCGCUCGCAGUGCCGCCAGUUCCGGUACCAGAGCCUUAAAAACUCUACGGUCGUGGGGCCUGGAGAUCGACGAGGCUCUCUUCUUAGCAGGGGCGCCCAAGGGACCCAUGCUGGAGAAGAUCAGGCCGCACAUUUUUUUUGACGACCAGAUGUUUCACGUGGAAGGGGCGGCCGAGCUUGGCACGGUGGCCUGUCACGUUCCCUAUGGCGUUGCGCAGAGAGCUGCAAAGAAAUGACUUCUUGAACACUUUGAUGGAGAAACACUUGGAAGGAAACUGCUUCGGCAUGAUGGUGGAUCUGCUCCAGAAUGUAAAAGUUAUUUCAGAAAAUCUAUGCUAAUGUGGAUUCAAAUCAUUGCACAUGAAAAAAUUGGAUUUAAUGUCAGACUCUAUAACAUUUGUUUUGCUUAAACUUAAUGUAAAUUUGCUAAAUGUCAUUGUCAUUUUGCGGAUUUUUAUUUUGAUCUUGCAUGUUAGUGGCAUGUUGUUCAUGUGGUUGAUUGUAUUUUACCAUUACCAAUUUGGUAUGUUGUGAAAUAAAAUAAAAUUAAAAAAACAUGAA